CAACAGUAUUUUAGUCCGUAUUCAACAUUCCGCUGUUCGACCUAUAGAGGAACAGCGCUUUGGAUUGUUUGUCAAUAUCUUCGAGUUAGUUGGUUUUUAUAAUGUUUUAUGUGUAAAGUAACUGUUUUACAAUGACACAAAAACUCAGAAAAAUAUGUUGACUUCAAAUGUGUCAGAAUGUCUUGUGUACGUGUAUAAAAUAUACUGGUAAUACUGACAAGGAGAACAUCGUAUAUGUGGAAUAAUGCUACUUUUAUAUGCAAGUGAAGAAUUCCAUCUGUUUCAUUAAAAAAAGAAUGCUUGAAAUCUUUACAUUAUAAAAAGUAUUUAAACUUUUCAUAAUUAAGAUUUUAUUAAUAACACAUUGCCCCAUGGAUGUUUAAUAUAAGUUUUGUAAGUAAAAAAGUAAAAAUUUGUGAUACAACAAAAAACGACGGAUAACCCUUACUAUACAAAAAGUUCCAUAAAUUGGUGCUUUCAAUUGAUAUAUAUUUUAAAACAUGUACAUCAGAAUGUCACAACAAAGAGAUAUAGAUGGCUUAUAUAGCAAAGAUGAAUACAUCAGACAAUUGUGUAUCUUGUUUAGUUGAUGCACAGAAUAUUGUCUUAGGCAAUUGUCUAUUUCUUUUAUUACAUAUCUUUAUCCUUGCUCUUUUAGAGCAUUCUCAUUGUCAUAAAGUAUCCAGUGUUUAUAAAAUCACUUUUAAUGAGGCUGAAAGCACGCAUAGGAAGGCUAACUCUCUUUUGAGAAGGUACAGUGUUCUACAACUGACUUUCAUGAACAAUGAACCAUUCGGGAAGUGGAAAACGUCAGGCGAAGGUUCUGGAAGAAAACUAUUGGGACUGCAGUGUUUGCACAUAUAGAAAUACCGCAGAAGCAUUUAAGUGCCUCAUGUGUGACGUCCGCAAAGGAACUUCUACGCGGAAACCCCGUAUUAAUCCCCAACUUGUGGCACAACAGGUUGCACAGCAACAAUAUGUACCACUUUUAAAACCUGGAAAAAAGGAAGGUGGAAGUGGGGGUAGUACAACUAGUAGUGGUAAAGAAAAAGACCGUAAAUUGGACAAACCAAGGCGUAAAAAUAGGCAUCCACCUCGUCUCAAAAAUAUAGAUCGUAGUACUGCUCAGACCAAUGAAGUGACAGUGAACAAUGUUACUGUCGUUAUUACAGAAUAUAAGCCCAAAGUGAAAAAAAGUUCAGAUCAAUCUGGUUUAUCUAGCAGUGCUUCUUCUGAAAAUGGAAGUCAACACGAUUCUAAUCAAGAUUCUAGAAGUCUUGAUAUAGGAACAGAUGCUUAGCUCAGUGCUAUAUUACAUAUGUGUAUGAAUUAAUGUAAUUAAUAUAUAAUAUAUGUCAAUCUUUAUGGACUAUGGUCCAUUCUAUAGACAAAAACAACCAUUUUGUCUAUAUGUUACAGGUUAUGUAACAUUCAAUGAAGUCAAAUGUUUUAUGCUAUCAGUGGAAACAUUAAAUUAUGUCUUCAAUAUAAUGUAAGAAAUAUGUUAUAUAUUGUUGCUACAUAUUGACAUCAAAACUAUCUGUUUCAUAACAGCAAUCUUGACAUUCAAAACAAAGUUAAUAAUUUUAUCUGUGCAACUUUGGAUAUUACAUAAGACAUUAUUUAUACAAUAUUAAUCAUAACAAAUGCAUUAUAUAUGUACCUUAAUAUGGCAAAUGGAAUUUGAUAUAAUAAUUGUUGACAUAAUAAUGUCCACAUGACUUUCAUUGAAUCUAUGACACCACUGCCAGAGAGCAUGUUGUAAGAUUAUUGAUAAUUAGAAUAUUUUAACGAACUCAUUUAUGUAUGAGGUAUUUGACUUGUUUAUUUAAUAAUUACUGCAAGGACGAAUUAAGAAACUGGCAUUGGUA